UGAAAGUGUAAGAGUGAGAGAUCACUGAAGCUGGUGCUUUCGUUCAAGGCGCGGAGAAAGCUUGCUUUGGAAAGGAAGGCCCAAGUCUGGUUAGCUUUUGUUUGAUUUAAUUUGUUGCUAUAACAAUUUCAGAGGAAAUGGACACUUUUGUCUCUGUUGUAACUGAUAUUUUGAGAAAGCUAGUGGAUGCCACGAUACAUGAAGCUUCUUAUUCUUUAUGCUUCACCAAGUAUAUCAAAGAGCUUGAAACAGAACAGCAUAAUUUGGAAUCCAAAAUCGGAGGUGUUCUUGAUUGAGCUAAAGAGGCAAAGAUAAAAACUGAGACGGUUGUUAGGGAAGUUCAAACAUGGUUGGAUGAAGCAGACGCUUUAAUAGGAAAGUGGUGGUGUUGCAAGAAAAAACAAUGGACAAAAAUAAGACAUCUUGUUUUAAGUACCGCCUUGGCUUGAUUAGGCAUUAUAGUUUGGCAAAGUAGCUUGAAGAAAAGACCAAUGAAAUUAAACGACACAUUAAUCAAAGUAAUUUCUCACAUUUUUCUCGACUUGCUACAUUGGUAGGCAUGGACUACUUUCCUUCUGAAGGUUUUGUGUGCUUUGAGAGUAGGCAAGUGGCAUAUGAUAGACUUAUAGAGGCAAUAAAAGAUGAACAAGUUCACAUGGUUGGAUUGUAUGGCAUGGGGGGAUGUGGCAAAAAAGUGGGUAAAGAAGCUGUGCAAUUUUUUGAUAAAGUCAUCUUUGUUGUUGUGUCCAACACUAUUGACGUUAGAAAAAUUCAAAGUGAAAUAGCAAGCCAGCUUGAUAAUAUGAAAUUGGAAGAGGAGGGGGGAUUGGGAAGAGCUAGACGCUUGUCAAUGAGGUUGACUGGUGGAGUAAAGUUUCUAAUUAUUUUGGAUGAUGUAUGGAGGACGCUUGAGUUUGAGAGGAUAGGGAUUCUUGUUGUUGAAGAUGGAAAGAGUUGCACUGUUCUUAUAUCAACGAGAAACGUUGAUGUAUGUAGACGAAUGAAUUGCAAAAGAAUGAUUCCCUUGUAGGGAUUAAAAGAGGAUGAAGCGUGAGGCCUCUUUCAAAAACAUGCAGGGGCAUUUGAUGAUAACUCAAUUUCCAUCAAAGGUUUGGCACAAGAAAUUACAAAAGAAUGUGGUGGUUUACCUAUUGCAAUUGCUGUUGUGGGUAGCAUGUUGAAAGGAAAACCUGAAUUUGAGUGGGAAGAAGCACUAAAAAACUUCAGAGAUUCAAGUCUAGUUGAUUUUGAAGAAGAUUCAAGAAACCCCUAUACUUGUCUUCAAUUAAGCUAUGAUAAGCUAGAAAAUGAAGUAGCCAAGUCACUUCUCUUGUUGUGUUCUGUAUUUCCUGAAGAUUAUGAAAUUCCAAUUGAUGAAUUAACGAUGAUUGGAGUAGGGCUAGGUUUUGUUGAAGUUCACUCAUACCAAAGGGCAAGGAACCAAGUACUUAUUAAAGGAAAAAAUAAGCUUAUGGAUUCUUGUUUGCUAAUAGAUGGAACUAGUGGUUGUGUCAAAUGGCAUGAUUUGGUUCGUGAUGUAGGCCUAUGGAUAGCAAAAGAAACAGAAUAAGUUUGUUAAGGGACAACUAAAAGAGGAUGUGAUAAUAAAGGAUGUCAAAUUGAGAUAUUUAUGGUUUGAUGAAGUUGACGAAUUUCCACAUAAGUUGGAUUGCCCUAAACUUGAGUUUCUUUUUGUAUCUACAAAGUCCAAGCAUGGUGUGGAUGUACCAAAUGAUAUUUUUAAUGGUAUGGGGAUGCUUAGAGUUUUGAUGUUGAGAAAUCUUUCUUGAGAAGGUUAAGUUUUGCAAUUGCCUAUUUCACUCAAUCAUGUCAAUAAUCUCCAUUAUCUAUACCUGCGAUGAUGGAUAUUAGGUGAUAUCUCUUUUAUAGGAAGCCUAAAGAGACUUGAGUCUCUUAAAUUAUGGGGAUGUUCCUUCGAUGAAUUGCCAAAACUCAUUGCACAACAGAAAAAUUUAAGAUUAUUAGAUAUAUGGCAUUGCAAAAUCCAAAGAAAUCCUUAUGAAGUAAUGGGAAGAUGUUCCAACUUAGAAGUUCUAUAUUUUUGUCAAAAUAAUGUUGGAGAAUGGGAGGACCAAGGUAAAGAUGGUGCUGAGUUCUUUGAUAAAAUAAGAGCUACGCCAACAUUGUAGAGCUAUUGUAUAGAUUUAGGGGAUGAUAAGAAUGACUUCUACCGGUUAAUGUUUCCUAUUUCAAAAAGUUUAUAUGUGAAAGAUGUUGAGAAAUGCAUGUCAAAUGCAACAAUUAAGGAUUUGAUGCAAAGAGCAGAGGUCCUUUAUUUGGGGGGAAUUCACAAAAGUUGUAAAAAUAUAAUACCUCACACGCUUCAAACAAUAGGAGGGAAUUUUGAUGCUUUGACACACCUUGCAAUGUUUCAUUCAGACACUAGAAUGCGUGAUUGACACAACACAUCAUUGGGGUCCAAUGGGAGUCAUCUCCAAUUUGACUGAACUAACCAUUAAAGGGUUGAAGAAUUUGAGAACUUUGUGUCGUGGCCAGGUUCCUUCAGGCCUUUUUGCGAAGUUAGAGUUCUUAGAGAUAUAUAAUUGUGAUUCACUUGAGCAUAUAAUAGCAGAUGAAGUGAAAGAGAUAGUUGCUGAUGGUAGUAAAUAUCAAAGGAGCAUCAGAUUUGCAUUUCCCAAAUUAAAAAGACUCAUAAUCACUGGGUGUGGUCAACUAGAAUACUUAAUGCCGGUCUCUUUAGCUCAUAGUCUUGCACAAUUGGAAUGUUUAUCCAUCGCAGAAGCUAAUAAAUUGAAGAGCUUGUUCAGCCCAUGCAUUUAUGAAGAUCCAAAUCUAGAUGAGUUUGAUAACGUUCAGUUUUUGGCUUUAAAUACUCUCUAUCUCUUUGACGUGCCAAACAUGGUAAGCAUUUGUCCGGAAAAUUAUCAUUUACAAUGGCCAUCUUUGAAAGAAUUGAGGGUGCAAAAUGUUCCACAAUUAAAGAUCAAGUCCAUCAAUUAGUGGAUUGGCAUAUGUGGAUUGAGAAAAGAGGAUAAUCACGCAACUUUAGAGGACCUGUUGACCCCACUCGUAACUUUAAAUAAAGUUUAUGUGGGAAGUAACAAUGAAAUGGAAAUUCUUUUUGAUGGGGAAAGGAUUCCAAACGAUGGACAACUAGUGAACUCAAGCUUACAAAUGAUAGAAUUAGUUGAUCUACCAGAGUUAAGCGACAUAUGGAGGGGUCCCAAAAAUAGUUUACUCCUUCAAAGUCUUGUCAGCUUAUACAUAAAAGGAUGUGAAAAUUUCAGUGUUAUCUUCCCUGCAUCUAUCUUGACAAGCCUGCCAAAGUUGAAGAAAUUGAGCAUCCAGAAGUGUAAUGAACUAGAAGGAAUCAUGGAAGAAAAUGAAAAUGUGUCAAAUCCUUGUCAACUUGUCUUCCCAAAUCUGACCAUUAUCAUCAUUAGACAAUGCCGUAAGUUGAUGAGUUUAUUCCCCAUCUCCAUUUGUCAAGUGCUUCCCAAACUAAGGGCUUUAUUGAUAGAAGAAGCAUCCCAACUAGAGCAAGUGCAUUGGAAUUUGAUUCCAAAUGUGGAAUAUGUAAUGCUUUUGAAACUUCCUACACUCUCUCCCUAUCAAGGCCAACAUUUUGAUUUGCAGAGUGUGAUAUACCUUGUUCAACAAUGCCCAAGACUGCCUCUCACUUCCACUGUUAAUCCUCAGCAGUUGCUACAGAUAUUAGACAAUGAAAAAGAUGAUUGUGAUCUCAGUUGGAUGCUGAACCAUCCUUUACGAGAAAUUAUUGAAUCCAAUGAAGAUUGUGGAGGAGAAACCACCGAACAAAUUGAUGGCAAAAAAACUGAAGUUGAAUCAGCAUCAAGGAGUGAACAUGAUAUUUUAGGAGCUCAGAAUAAUGAAAAGAAAUCAGCGGAGAAUGAUGAAGAGUCAAAAGGUCGAAGUGCCCAAGAUACAAAGUUAACAAAGAGAAAGAGAGUUGAAGGUAGCUUUGAUGAAAGUUCUGAGUCAAAAAAUGUGACAAUAAUUGCAUCGUCAACUCAUUCUGACCCGACAAGCUCACUCCAAAGUUCAUCAGCUGCUUCUAUUCCUAUAGAAUUUUCACCUCACUUGAAGAUCAAUAAAACUGAGAUAGAUAUUGAAGAUGGUGGUGGUGAACCUCCAGCACAAUGUGCUUUUGCUGCUGAUACUGAAAGAGAUGAACAGAUAAAGGUAGAUAUUUUGCUGUUCUGUAUAAUUAAAGGAGAUAUAUAUGUUCUUUUAUUAAUGCCAAUAGUCCUUUUAGCUUAUGAAUUGUUUUAGUGAUGUAAUAAUGUAUACCUUAAGGCCGUUCUUUCUUUUCCUAUUUAUUUUGUUUACUUCGUUCUGGGAAAAACUAAGGUCAACUAACCAAGUACGGAACAAGGCACUAAGACCAAUCCUAUUGUUGAUACCACAGGGGAUGAACUGACAAAGUUAUAUGCAAUCUCAUUACCCCAUGUUUUGGACUUAUUUCUUUUCAUACUUGUGAUAUCAUUUAAUCACUUCUUUUAAUAUUUGACGCUUCACAUAAGAGUCUCAAUGAAGCAACACAUGGUUUAGAGAUGUCUAGAAUGAUGCCAACAUCACCAAUCAAUCCUUUGGAUAUUUCUCCACCUAAAGCACUUUCUUGAGGUUGGAAAAGGAGAGAAGAGAAUGUGAGGCAGAGCUAUGGUCUCUUGAAGAGCAAAAGAGGAAAUGUGUUGCAGAAACAGUAGAGUUCAAGAAGGAAUUUGAGACUGUGAGGAAAGCAAAGUUGGAGAUGGAGGAAGAUCAAAGAAAUGCUCGACACCAACUGUUUCAGGUUGUUCAUGAAUGGUCUGCCUUGUGCAGCCAGUUUGAGCAGAACAGUGCUGACAAAAAUCUGUCUUGAUGCUUUUGAUUGUUUGCUUUGAACAUAACCUGAAUUUUGGGUGUAACAACUUGUGAAACAUAUGUGGCAAGACUAAGAGUGUUUGUUUUCUUUCAGAACUUGUCGAUUGUGAUUCCUGCAUUCUAUACUUCUUGUGACGUUAUUUUUCCAUUCUAUUUCCCACCAGAUUCAGUAGCUGAAUGACUUUUUGUUGUUGUUUUCA